UAAUAAUAAUAGUGAAAUAAAUAUUGAAUAUUUAUCAGAAAAUGGUAAAAAAUCAAUAAUUAUUCGAACAUUUUUAAGGAAAUUAACUUAUUCUAUUGAAUCAAAUCAAUUUAUAAUAAAUGAAACGAAUAAUAUUAAUAAAAAUAAAACAGUCAUAUAUGAAUCAAUUAAUAUGACAAAUCCUAAAGGAAAAAAUAAUAUUCGAAUUAAAUUUACUACUUAUCAGAAUUAUUAUAUUCUAUAUACCGGUGAGAAAAGAGACGAACACAUGGAAAGAUUGCAAUAUAUUGGUUUUAAUCUAGAAACAAACAUUUUGAAACAAGGUUCUAUAAAUAUUCUAAGCAAAAUAUCCAAAUCUACAGGUAACACACAGCUGAUAGUAACCAUGAAUCAUGGGUAUAAUUCAACUACCGAUCAUCAACUUAUUGUUACAUGGCCACAUGUUUUCGAGGAGGAACAUUAUCCUUUAUUAUUUCUAAAAACUUCGAACAAGUCUUUGAAUCUAACUGUUAGUUAUUUCCAACAACCGGGUAUAUUAAAUACAUCCCUUCAGAUUAUAACAAAUGAACACCACACACAAUGUAAAUUCUACUGGAAAAAAUGGAAUUCUAUUCACCUACUGAUUGAAAAUUAUCUGGAAUUCAAUUACAAUCUUAUUUAUCAAAAUUAUAAUAAUAAAAUUUCUCAUAUUAAUUAUGAUUACCAUGAUGUUUUUCAAAUAAUCUACCACUUAUAUAGUCAAAAUAAAUCAUUCAAUUUUAGUUACAUAAUUUCAAUGAAUUAUCAAGAUAAGAAUAUGUUUGUUAAUAAUGCUGAUUUGUUAGAUAUUAAGUCAGUAAUCGGUUCCAAUGAACACAAUACAAUAUUUCAAAUCAAAUUAACCAAGAAUUAUGGCGCCAUGUUACAAGUAAUCAGUCAUCAUCAGUCAAUCAAUCAAAGUAAUUUGAAUGGUCGUUUAAUAGUACACUUAGAUCAUUCAAACAUUCUUCAUUUAUUUUCGUACUGGAGACCAGAAAUAAGUGAAGAUUUAUCAUUAUCUAUGAAUGGAUUACCUAAACAAAUCAAUUCUAUAAUUCAAUUUAGUUUUUCUGAAAUAUAUCAGUAUGGACAACAAUUAAUUAUUAUGUUUACAAAUAAUUUAAUGAAUUCUAUAGAUCAAAUACAAUUUAAUCAAUUUAUUAAUAUAAUUUAUUCUGAUUUAGAAUAUACUACUUAUUUACUUAUAUAUUGGAUAAAUAAUGAAUCUAUUUUUAUUGAAUCAAUCAAUAUUCCAAUAAUUAAAAAUAUAUUAUCAAUGAAUUUAAAUAUAACAAAAUUAAAUUUUUUGGAAAACUGGCAUGGAUACAAUAAAAUGUUCAAUAAUUUAAUUCAAUCUAAAUUCAAUUCAAUAAAAUAUUUUGAUAACAUUUAUAGACAUUUAGUGAUAUAUAUAGAAUCAAAUAUACAACAUAAUUCUUUCCAAAAGUUAAUAGACAAUAUUAAUCCAUUUCUUAAUUAUUUGGUGAAUAAAACGAUCGAGAAAUCAGAAGAUUUUUCCAAAGAUUCAAUUAAAGGUUUAAAAAUAAGUUUCAAUGCCUUUGAUGCUUUUUGGUAUUCUAUGGUCGAAGUCUACAAUAUAUGGAUAAAAAUGCCAUCAAAGUUCAGUGAAAAUAUAUACAAUCUCCUUGUUAAUGAUGCCAGAAAUUCUACGAAACUAGAAAAUAUUACAGUUUAUUUAAAACAGGUGAAUGAACGCUUAAAAAUCUCUUAUAGUUUAUUUGAAAGCAUUCGAAACAAUCUUAGCACUAUAGGGCAAUGUGCCAGUGAUAGAAUCAGUGAACAAUGGUGGAAUGAAAAUUCCAAUUAUGAACAACUGAAUCAGUUCAUCCAACUAAUUAAACAGAAGGAAAUAGAAGAAUCUUACACGAUACUAUUCAAACCACAUUUUAGGACUUUCACCAAAUCAAUGGAUAAAAAUCAAUAUUAUUUUAAAAUAUAUAUUCCACAGUUAAUCAAGAUAUUUACCUACUACGUACCGAAAAUUUGGCCUUAUUACCUACAGAUCUUAGAAGAACAAUCAAAAAUGAAAUCACAAGUAAAUCAACUAACAACAGAAUCUAACAAUUUUGUAUAAACAAUAUUUCUUUUUCUAUUAUAAAUAUCAUAAUGGCAUGUUUUUUCUUCUUCCUUAAUCCUGAUGAUAAAUAAUAAAUUCAUACUACUGUUAUAUACAUAAUACAAAAAAGAAUUGGCAAAAUAUUUGUGAACUUA